CCGGCGUACAAGACGAAGCUGUGCGCGCUGUGGAGGAGCAGGGGCGGCUGCUCCCGCGCCAACUGCGGCUUCGCCCACGGCGAGGCCGAGCUCCGGAGGCCGCCUCCCCGUGCCUCGUUCCAGCCUCUCCCUCGACCUGGUUGGGGAUGGCUCCAGUCCUUCUAAGAGAGGGAGGAUGUAUUUUUUGAAAGAUGCUCCUUUUGCUGGUCAUUGGAUCGAGUUGUAUCUUCAGAUAAUCGGUUGUUCAUCAGAAACAUUGGGAAAAGUGUGAAAUUAACAGCUGUCCAGGGAAGAAUAAGAGAUGGUAGUGUAUUUGAAGCUCAUGUUUCCGCAGAAACUUUGGAAUUGUUCUCGUCCCAAGAGCAGAACUAGUAAACUGGGAAAAUGGUUUGAAGAAGUCUGUAACAACUACAAGAGCACCCUUGGAGGAUAUACAAAUGGUUGCAAUUGUUACUAGCUGGUCAUGCUCAAAGCAUUCCUAGUUUCUUCUUGUGGCUGAGAGAUCUCUGCACUUCAAUCGCGUAAUAUUAUGAUGGUUUGGCACCAGAAUCACUUCUAUCAAUUUGUAUUACAUCUCCUUGCUUUAUGGUGCAUAUAUGAUCUACUAUCCUUUCUGUAUAGUACUUGAACUGAAUGGUGAAUGCCAGCUUUUGCAGAACUUAAAAAUUACCAACAAGCCUGAUUUUGUUGCAGAAAAACAUGGCAUUCUUGCUGCUUAUUCUAUUGAUUUACUACUGUUCGAAUUAGCUAUCACCUGGGCUGAUUUGUUGGUAUUGACUGCUUCCAGAGGAUGGCACGUCCUAUUUCCAUUGCUGGCCAUUUUUCAGUUGGCAACCAGUCAUUUUUUGGUCACUUGAUUGCAAUCUAUUUCAGAAGUUAAUAUGAGAGAUAUCAUUCAGUUUAUCUUCUCAAUCAGGUUCAUAUUAUGGUCAAUGUAUUUUAACCAUGUCGGUAGCAGUUUUUGCAACUAACUGAUGCACGCCCUUUGAAUGUACUGCAUCAAGUUCUCUUCUUGGGCUUUAUUCUUGCCUGUCCUUCCAAGUAUUGUCACCGAACAAGAUGUUUUGGCAGUCAUAUAUGGAUAACAGAUGAAAAAGUGAAAUCAAAUUUAUUUGGUGAUAUUGGAGUUAUCGAAGAUUGUUUUUCAUGAUAAUCAGAACAUGAUAUCAGAUUUUGGAGAUUCCAUCAAAUUUACUUCAGAUGACUGGUAUUACAAGUGCUGGAUCUAUCUCUUCUUUAAUUAGUCGUAUUGUCUCGGCUGUUUAAUGGCCUACAGGGUUAUCCUGGACCCGAUGCUACUUAUAACUAAUUGAAUAAUCAUAUGGCUCAAGGUUGUGGGAGACGAGACUCCAGAUAUCAUGACUUCAGAGUCAGGCCUGAGAGAAAACACUCACCUCGUGCGAGGUAUUCCACUGAAAGAGAUACCAGAGGCCGUUCAUUUCGUGAUCAGAAACCAAGUUCUCAAGAUAGGGGAUCUAGUCAUUCAAGGUCACCAAUUAGGAAGAGUGAGAGAAAGUAUAGGAAAAGUCCAGAUGGUGCAAAAACUGAUUCUUCAGAAAGUUUCAGAACCUCUGAUAAUGAAGACAGAGAAAAGAAUGAAAGAUACUCCAGCAGUGACGAGAAAAAGGAUUGUGAAGUACAGCUGAAACAAAUUCAAAUGGACAUGGAAGCAUUACGUGAAGAUAAAUCUAAACUGGAGAUGAUAUUGGAGAAGAAGAUUGAAGAAGCGAGCCAACUUUCUAGCAUAGUAGAUGAUCUUGAAUCGCAAUUGAACGAAGUGAAAGAAGAUUGCCAAAGGAUGAUCUCCAAAACAAAGAAAGUCGUCAAAGCACAUGGGCGUUAUAUGAAAGCACAAGAGGAUUUAAAGAGGUCUCAAGCACGCUUUGAGAGGUUGGCAGAUUUGCUUGCUUCAGACACUCUUAAGCCUUGUGCCAAGGAGCAACGUUCCAGUGGGAAUGCCAAUGAAGAUCAAUAUAAUGCUUUUGAAAUGAGCCCAAAUGAUCAACGACAAAAUCAUGUUUCAACAGCUAAAAAAAGAUCUAUUGCCCUCUCAACAAGUGAAGAAGCAAAAACAGGGAAGAAAAGGAGAGAGAGUGACGAUGAUACGAUCCCAACGUUUGAGAAAUAUAGACCAGAAGAUGCUCUUGAACCUUUUAACAAUAGCAAGGGAAAUGGUAUACCAAAAUUGUUUUCUGCACAGAAGAAAUUAGGGGAGGGUGACUGCAACGAGGAGGGAAACAUUGUUUCUUCAAGCAAUGUUUUUGCAGACAGGUACAAGGGCAACGAUGAGGAAGUUCAUGUUGAUUAGUAAGCAGAUGGUGUUGGUUAUUGGACAAAGAUUUGAGCUGUAUGGAGUAAUUUGAUCAGAUGGCGUCUAUGUCCAGCAGCUUCUGAAACUACUGCGUGCAUCUUCUUGUAUGGUUUAUGCUUCGGGCAAUAGGAGCCCAGCAUCUUAUGUAUGGUAAUUUCUGUGAAGACGGUUGCCAUGUUGUCAAGCACAUGAGUACUUGAUGUUUGCAUUCUCGUAAAUUAUUACUUAAUGUUCCCUGGAGUAUUCAAGAUGCUACGGAUCUGUACGACAAACUUCCUUGAUACCCGUAACUAUUUUGAGUAUUGUUUGGGAUUUUCA